AGCACUGCAGUCUCUCUUAGGUCACCACCUUGCCAAACUCUCUCUCCAGCAACAGCAUGUCGCUUUCAGUCCGCACCUCUGGGCUGUCCAGGAGGUUGUCCUCACAGAACGGGGCGGCAGGCAGACCUUGGGGUGCAUCGGCUUCUAGUGUCGCCAGCGGCUAUGGAGGAACGGGCUCUGGAGUUGGCUGUGGGGGUCUCUUUUCUGCUGCCUCCAUGUUUGGUUCUAGUUCUGGCUUUAGCGGUGGCUCUGGAGGUUGCUUGCCAGGGCUUGGCUCUGCCUAUGGGGGACCUCUGGGAGGUGGCUUGGGAGGGAUGGGGAUGGGGCUAGGAGGAAGCUCGGGCGGUGGCUCUCUGUGUAUCUUCUCUGGCAACGAUGGAGGGCUUCUUUCUGGUUCUGAAAAAGAAACCAUGCAAAAUCUGAAUGAUAGACUAGCUUCCUACCUGGGUAAGGUUCGAGCUCUGGAGGAGGCUAAUGCAGAACUGGAAAACAAAAUUCGAGAGUGGUAUGAGACACGAAGAACCGGAGACUCCGGGUCCCGGAGUGAUUACAGUAAAUACUACCCACUCAUUGAAGACCUGAAGAAUAAGAUUGUUUCUGCCAGCGUCAGCAAUGCCCAGCUCCUCCUGCAGAUUGACAAUGCAAGACUCGCUGCAGAGGACUUCAGGAUGAAGUAUGAGAAUGAGCUGGCCCUGCGCCAGACGGUGGAGGCCGACAUCAAUGGGCUGCGCAGGGUGCUGGACGAGCUGACCCUGGCCAGAGCUGACCUGGAAGCGCAGCUUGAGAACCUGACUGAGGAGCUGGCUUACAUGAAGAAGAACCACGAGGAGGAACUCCAAAGUUUCCAGGCAGGUGGUCCAGGUGAGGUCAAUGUAGAAAUGGACGCCGUCCCUGGAGUGGACCUCACUAAGGUCCUCAAUGAAAUGAGAGCCCAGUAUGAAGCCAUGGCUGAGCAAAAUCGGAAAGAUGCGGAGGCCUGGUUCCUUGAAAAGAGCGGAGAGCUCAGAAAAGAGAUCAGCAGCAACACGGAGCAGCUUCAAUCCAGCAAGAGCGAGGUCACCGACCUGAAGCGCAUGGUGCAGAACCUGGAGAUUGAACUCCAGUCCCAGCUCGCCAUGAAGUCGUCCCUGGAAGGCUCGCUCGCUGAAACCGAGGGUGGUUACUGCUGCCAGCUGUCUCAGUUGCAGCAGCUGAUCGGCAGCCUGGAGGAGCAACUCCAACAGGUGCGGGCUGACGCAGAGCGCCAGAAUGCCGACCACCAGCGGCUGCUGGGUGUCAAGGCUCGCCUGGAGAUGGAGAUUGAGACCUACCGCCGGCUGCUGGAGGGGGAUAGCCAAGGUGACGGUUUGGAUGAAAGCUCAUCCCUUACUGUCUCCAAAUCUCAGACACCGUCGGUCGAUUCCUCUAAAGACCCAAAUAAAACUCGAAAAAUCAAGACAGUCGUGCAGGAGAUAGUGAAUGGCGAAGUGGUCUCAUCCCAGGUUCAGGAACUUGAAGAAGUGAUGUAGGCCUCACACGGGCUCCUUUGGAAUGCGGAAUUUACAGCUAGGAGUGACUGCUUCCAUGUGCUCUAUAAAUUCAGCAUCUGCUUUGGCCAGUUUCCUUUUCCUUAGAGUCUCUAUUCAUGUUGGGUCUUGUUUACAUUUCUGAAACAAUAUCCAAUUUACAAGUCUCUGUGGCUGUGCUGACCUUCACUAAGACCCCAGAUCACCUUACACCUUCCUGGGCCUGAAGGGGUCUUUCCACUAAGUGUUUUCUGGUCACCUGGACCAUUUGUUUAAUCCCAAAGUUUUGAUAAAACAGUGUGGGUUUAAUAGCGCUAACUUUAACUAAAGAUUAAUGGCAAUGAUGUGAA